GCUUAUUGCACAUGUGUGUGCCUGUAUGUCAAGGAGGGGAGAGUAGAGGGGCUCUGUUUUAAGUCUCCGGCGGCUCCAUUUCCGUGUGCACAAACUAGACGGCAGAUGGUCUAUGGCCAUGGAGAAAACUCUAGCAAUUAAACCCAUUCCAUUUUUCCCAUCGACAGACCAUUUCCCUGUAAAUGUUUCCAUUAACUUUUGCAGCAGAGUCUCGGUCUCCAGCUCAAGGUCUCUCGCUCUGUAUUGCUCGAGCUCCCGUGUCGGUGCACUCAAAUGCUCUGCUCAGUCGUCUUCGUCGUCAUAUGUUGACCAGUCAGAAAAAUUUAAAGAAGCCGCCAAGAAGGGGAAUUUAGUUCCUCUCUACCGGUGCAUAUUUUCGGAUCAUCUAACUCCAGUACUUGCAUAUCGGUGUUUGGUUAAGGAAGAUGAUAGAGAUGCUCCCAGCUUCCUUUUUGAGUCAGUUCAGCCUGGUUUGAAUGCUUCUGCUAUUGGAAGGUAUAGUGUAAUUGGAGCUCAGCCAAGCAUGGAGAUUGUGGCAAAAGAAAACAUGGUUACAAUCUUGGACCAUGAGAAAGGUCUUAGGGAGGAGAAGAUUGUGGAGGAUCCUAUGACGGUUCCUCGUAGUAUCAUGGAGGGUUGGAAGCCCCAACUCGUUGAUGAACUUCCAGAAAUAUUUUCUGGUGGUUGGGUUGGCUAUUUCUCAUAUGAUACAGUCCGCUUUGUAGAGAAGAAAAAGCUACCUUUCUCUAGUGCCCCGCCAGACGACAGAAAUCUACCUGAUGUUCAUCUUGGUCUCUAUGAGGAUGUGCUUGUGUUUGAUCAUGUAGAGAAGAAAGCCUAUGUGAUUCACUGGGUGCGAUUAGAUCAAUAUUCUUCUGUUGAGGAGGCCUUCAAUGAUGGAAUGAAACGAUUGGAAGUUUUUGUAUCUAGAGUUCAUGAUAUAAUUUCACCAAGGCUACCGGCGGGGUCAAUAAAGUUAUCAACUCACCUUUUUGGUCCUAAAUUGGAUAUGUCAAGCAUGACAAGCGAAGAGUAUAAACAAGCAGUAUUGCAAGCCAAAGAGCAUAUUCUGGCAGGUGAUAUUUUUCAAAUUGUGUUGAGUCAGCGUUUUGAACGAAGAACGUUUGCAGACCCAUUCGAAAUCUACCGAGCUCUGAGAAUUGUCAAUCCAAGUCCAUAUAUGACUUAUUUACAAGCUAGAGGGUGCAUAAUGGUUGCUUCAAGUCCUGAAAUCCUUACACGAGUAAAGAAGAAUAAGAUUACUAAUCGGCCCCUUGCUGGGACUUGUAGAAGAGGGAAAACCCCUAAAGAAGAUUUAAUGUUGGAGAAGGAGCUUUUGAAUGAUGAAAAGCAAUGCGCAGAGCAUAUAAUGCUGGUUGACUUGGGAAGGAAUGAUGUGGGAAAGGUCUCUAAACCUGGUUCCGUGAAAGUUGAAAAGCUUAUGAAUAUUGAGCGAUAUUCUCAUGUUAUGCACAUUAGUUCAACGGUCACUGGAGAGUUGCUUGAUCAUUUGACUAGCUGGGAUGCUUUGCGUGCAGCACUUCCUGUUGGGACAGUUAGUGGAGCACCAAAGGUGAAAGCCAUGGAAUUAAUUGAUCAGCUGGAAGUCACAAGGCGUGGACCAUAUAGUGGAGGAUUUGGAGGCAUUUCAUUUUCUGGUGAUAUGGACAUUGCACUUGCUUUGAGAACUAUUGUUUUCCCAACCAGCACUCGCUACGACACAAUUUUCUCAUACAAUAAUAUAAGCAAGCGUCGAGAAUGGGUUGCACACCUUCAAGCUGGUGCUGGUAUUGUAGCUGACAGUGAUCCUGCCGAUGAGCAGAGAGAGUGUGAGAACAAAGCUGCAGGUCUAGCCCGGGCCAUCGAUCUUGCAGAGUCAUCAUUCCUCAACAAAGACUAAUCGAAAACAUCCAUCUAGUUUUUUAUGUUCUGAAUGUAAUUGCCAGUAUCUCUGCUUGUGCUUUUCUUAAUGAUUAUCGUAUCCUUACUUUGGUUAACUAGCCGUAUGGAUAGAGAGUUCGUUCCUGGAUCUGAAUUCUUAAAUUGUUUUUUCGAUGCUUUAAGUUAC